GAGUCCGCAGGCGCCAUGGGCCUCGGGGCCUGCGUGUCCUCGGCGGCGUCGGGGGCCCGAGCCCAGGCUGGCCGGCUGGGAGCUGUGCUGGGUGCCUUGUGCCUGCUGCCCGUGCUCAUGAUGCUGGCCCGGCUGGGGGCCCCCUCGGCCCGGCUGGCAGCCAGCGCAGCGCAGGGAGAUCUCGCCGCACCCAAUCCCGCGGGUGUCCUCGCUACCCCGGGACCUGGUCCUCUGCCCCUCCAGGCGCCCCGCAGACGCCGCUACACGCUGACCCCCGCCAGGCUGCGCUGGGACCACUUCAACCUCACCUACAGGAUUCUCUCCUUCCCACGGAACCUGCUGAGCCCCAGCGAGACCCGGCGGGGCCUGGCCACCGCCUUCCGCAUGUGGAGCGACGUGUCCCCCUUCAGCUUCCGAGAGGUGGCCCCCGAGCAGCCCAGUGACCUCCGCAUAGGCUUCUACCCGGUCAACCACACGGACUGCCUGGUCUCUGCCCUGCACCACUGCUUUGACGGCCCGACAGGCGAGCUGGCCCACGCCUUCUUCCCCCCGCACGGGGGCAUCCACUUCGAUGACAGCGAAUACUGGGUCCUGGGCCCCACGCGCUACAGCUGGAAGAAAGGCGUUUGGCUCACUGACCUGGUGCACGUGGCGGCCCACGAGAUCGGCCACGCGCUGGGCCUGAUGCACUCGCAGCACGGCCGGGCUCUCAUGCACCUCAACGCCACGCUGCGUGGCUGGAAGACGCUGUCGCAGGACGAGCUGUGGGGGCUGCACCGACUCUACGGCUGCCUGGACCGACUGUUUGUGUGCACAUCCUGGGCACGGAGGGGGUUCUGUGACACCCGCCGGAGACUUAUGAAGAGGCUCUGUCCCAGCAGCUGUGACUUCUGCUACGAGUUUCCCUUCCCCACGGUGGCUGCCACUGCACCGCCACCCAGGACCAAGACCAGGCUGGUGCCCGAGGGCCGGAACGUGACCUUCCGCUGCGGCCAGAAGAUCCUCCACAAGAAAGGCAAAGUGUACUGGUACAAGGACCAGGAGCCCCUGGAAUUCUCCUACCCUGGCUACCUGGCGCUGGGCGAGGCGCAUCUGAGCAUCAUCGCCAACGCCAUCAACGAGGGCACGUACACGUGCGUGGUGCGCCGGCGGCAGCGGGUGCUCAGCACCUACUCCUGGCGGGUCCGCGUGCGGGGCUGAGCGCCCGCGGGCCCAAGACGGCCGAUAAAGCAC